AUGAGGAACGAAUUGAUGCAGAAGCAUAGUAACUGUUCGAUCAUUGGCCUGUUUGGGCGUAGUCCAGCAGGCCAAAAUGUACUCAUCUGCAUCUACUUGUUAUUCAUGUUCCGGUUGCUACCUUACGCCGUUGCACAGAACAGUAAUCAACCGCCAGCCGUUGCUCCCCAUCUCAAAACCAACACUUACCUUAUUUCGGGGAAAAUCGGACUCGUCUUCAUGAUUAGUGCCUUUUUUUUAUUUUUCUUCAUCUCCCUUUUCAUCUACAAGUGCUCCCGGACCAGAACCGAUGAAAGCAUUCGCCGUAAUGGCGUGGAAGAACGAAUAUCCUGUGGGGGAAAUCGAGGGCUCGACCCGGCCGUGAUCGAGACUUUCUCAACCUUUGCCUACUCACAUGUUAAGGAUCACAAAUUGGGAAAUGGAGCUCUGGAGUGCGCCGUAUGCUUGAACGAGUUCGUAGACGACGAUACUAUUCGAUUGCUGCUGCCCAACUGUGACCAUGUCUUCCAUCCUGAUUGCAUUGAUGCUUGGUUAUCUAAGCGCACAACCUGCCCUGUCUGCCGAGUUAACCUUGUUCCUGUAACGGGCGAAACACCUGAAACUAUGGUACCGGUGCAGGAGAUAGAAGGCGAUUCUUAUGGGGAAAUUCCAACAUCCAAACCAGUGGACGUAGAGAACGAGCAAGUUUCCAUUAAUGUACUAAGCGAAGAACCAGAAGUGGUGGCAGUGGCACCGGAGGUAAUUAAUCAGACCCCAAUGCAGAACCGGCAGGUGAGAUACGCGGCAAGAUUUCUACGGUCGCAUUCGACGGGGCACUCUCUGGUUCAACCGGGAGAAGACGUCGAGCGGUUCACCCUCCGACUUCCGGACGAAGUAAGGAAGCAAAUCAUGAACAUGAGGCAGGUGAACCAGACUAGGAGCAUGGUGGCGUUCCCAGUGUUAUUGAAUCCUAAGAAGGGUUACCUGACGACCGGCGAAGGCAGUAGCAGAGGAGGGAAAUCGAUGGAAGAAAACCGGAAGGCAGGGUCUUCUCGAUGA